AUGUGUCUUGGAAUCCCUGACCCAGUUCCGAGGACUGGAGAGGGGAUAGAACCUUGUGUCCAAGGAGGUCUUUCAGGAGACUUGGGAUGAGUGGUGCUUCCCCAAAACAGACUCAUGGACAUUAAACAUCAUCAGAGUGGGGCAAGAAGGCAAAGAAGAAAACAGCCUCAUACCAUGGUGCAGAGGCUCCUGAGCUGGGGGCUGCCAGUCUCCUGUAGCCGGUUCCUAUGGCGCCAGCCGGGCAAGUUUCCCAUCACUGCUUUCCUGCUGGGGGCAGGCGCUGGGGGGCUCCUGGCCAUAGGUCUCUUUCAGCUCCUGGUGAACCCCAUGAACAUCUAUGAAGAACAGAAGAUGAUGUUUCUGUACAGCUUGGUGGGUUUGGGAGCCAUGGGCUGGGGGACCUCCCCUCACAUCCGCUGUGCUAGCCUCCUGCUAGUACCCAAGAUGCUGGGCAAGGAAGGCAGGCUCUUUGUCCUGGGAUACGCCUUGGCUGCCAUCUACGUGGGGCCAGUGGCCAAUCUGCGGCACAAUCUCAACGACGUGAUCGCAUCGCUGGGCUGCACCGUGGAGCUGCAGAUCAACAACACCCGUGCAGCUUGGCGCAUCUCCACAGCCCCCUUACGGGCCGUGUUCAAGCACCUGCUGAGCAGCAAAGAAUUGCUGAGAGCAGAGACUCGGAACAUCUCCACCACCUUUGAGGACCUGGAUGCCCAGGUGAAUAGCGAGACAGGCUACACACCUGAGGAUGCCGUGGACUCAGGGGAGACAGCCCAGGGCAGGGAGGCCCACCAAGCCCCAGCCUCCAGCCUCCACCUGUCAACACAGAAGAUGUAUGAGCUGAAGACCAAGCUGCGUUGCUCCUAUGUGGUAAACCAGGCCAUACUCAGCUGCCGUCGUUGGUUUGACCACAAGCAUGAACAGUGCAUGAAGCACAUCUGGGUCCCACUCCUCACCCACCUGCUCUGCCUGCCUAUGAAGUUCAAGUUCUUCUGUGGCAUUGCCAAGGUGAUGGAGGUUUGGUGCCGCAAUCGCAUCCCAGUGGAAGGCAACUUUGGGCAGACCUACGACACCCUCAACCAGUCUAUUCGUGGCCUGGAUGAGGAAUUUUCAGCCAAUAUUGACUUCAAGGAACAGAAGCAGGCUGGGGUGCUGGGACUCAACGCGAGCUGGGAGCGAGUGAGCACUGAGGUGCGGGACUACAUGCACCGCCAAGAGGCCCGGCUGGAGUGGGCCCUGGGGCUGCUGCACGUGCUGCUCUCCUGCACUUUCCUGCUGGUCCUGCACACGUCUUUCUCCUACAUGGACAGCUAUAACCAUGACAUUCGCUUUGACAACAUCUACAUCAGCACCUACUUCUGCCAGAUCGAUGACCGCAGGAAGAAGCUGGGCAAACGGACUCUGCUGCCACUCCGCAAAGCUGAGGAGAAAACCGUCAUCUUCCCCUGCAAGCCCACCAUCCAGGCCUCAGAAAUGAGCAACAUGGUGAGGGAGCUCCUGGAGACACUGCCCAUUCUGCUGCUGCUGGUGGUGCUAUGCGGCUUGGACUGGGCUCUCUACUCCAUCUUCGACACCAUCCGCCACCACUCCUUCCUGCAGUACUCCUUCCGCAGCAGUCAUAAACUGGAGGUGAAGGUCGGGGGAGACUCCAUGCUAGCCCGGCUUCUUCGAAAAACCAUUGGGGCCCUAAACACCUCCUCAGAGACAGUGAUGGAAUCAAACAACAUGCCCUGCCUGCCACAGCCUGUGGGCCUGGAUGCCAGGGCCUACUGGAGAGCUGCACUACCAAUUGGCCUGUUAGUGUGUCUCUGCCUGUUACAGGCUUUUGGCUACCGACUCCGGAGGGUCAUCGCUGCCUUCUACUUCCCCAAGCGAGAGAAGAAGCGGAUCCUGUUCCUCUACAAUGACCUACUGAGGAGGAGAGCAGCCUUCACCAAACUCAGGAGGGCCGCUAUCCUGAGACGGGCGCGACAGCAGAAGGCUCCACGCCACCCGCUGGCGGAUAUCCUGCACCGCGGCUGUCCGCUCCUGCGCCGCUGGCUGCGCCGGCGCUGCGUGGUGUGCCAGGCACCCGAGACGCCCGACUCCUACGUGUGCCGGACGCUGGACUGUGAGGCCGUGUACUGCUGGUCGUGCUGGGACGACAUGCGGCAGCGGUGCCCGGUCUGCACGCCCCGCGAGGAGCUCUCCUCCUCCGCCUUUAGUGACAGCAACGACGACACUGCCUAUGCGUGGUGAAGAGGCGUCCUGCUCGCUCUUCCGCACCGUCCUUCCCGGUUAAUAAAAUGCCCUGUAUGCUU